UAUCUAUUGCAGAUUACCGCUGGUAGAGAGGAGCUACGACGGCUGCAGGUGGGUUGCAGCAGCCAGAGCGCGCGGAGCCGUCGCCGCGGACGCAUCUAACCAGUUGAUCACGCGUAUGCCGCCCCGCCGUCGCCGUUAACGCGUCGACUUGCACAGCAGGCGUGUGCCCGCACCGCCUCCGUUGUUCUGUUGUUGACGACGACGCCGAGCCAUGCCUACCUACUACUUCUUGGUGUUUACCGGCACUUAUACACUGGUGCAGGCGCUGAUUCAAUUCAUUUUUUCACUUAUAGCAAUCGCACAACAUUACUGUGUAAUAAACUUUCUUAGAGGGUAUCCGCUCUUAAUUUAUAUCCGGUUGUUAUAUUUUCAUAACCCAAGUAGUUGUGGGACCGAUAUUAACAUCGGGGAAAGCCUGGAGGGCGUAGCCAACGAAGCCUACGUCUACAUAGCCUCCAUGUCUUUCGUCACUACCAGAGCAUUUAUAUUCAGCUGCGUUAGCAUCGGAUUAAGCGUGCUUUGGGCAGCUGGAAGCAUUGUACUAAUCAAAGGAGGAUGGAGAAAGCACCAUUCGAACCACGUACACUGGCCUUGGGUUGCAGUUUCUUUUCUUGUUGGCCUAGAGGACAUAGUCGGCAUAUUAUGCUACAUCAAUGAUUCUUUUCAUACAGAAGUAAGUAAAUGCAUCAAAACGUUGAGGGAUUCAUUAGAAUUCAUAAAUGGAGUAGGCAGCGGUUUCGGCAACAAUAACCCCAGCACGAAAUGGGCAUCGAGGACCAUGGCUCUCCUUCAUGGACGAUUCGGCAUCUGCUUAGUGAUCAAUCUAGGGCUCAUUAUUUUUACAAUACUGGAUUGCUCCCGGUACCGGACUUCAGUCACGUCUUCAGAGAUAGAGCGAACUGGUAAAUUGGACACGAGCCCGGACGCGAGCAGCAAGGCGGAGGAGGGCAGCGAGGAGCCCGCGUCGAGCGAGCCGAGCGAACCUGUGCCGGUGCCAACAAUACCGCGCCCUGGCCUCAGUCAGUCUUUCCGCUCUAUGAAAGACAUGCUAUUCCGUAGAUCGGCUUCUAUGAACUCGUUAGACAACAGGAACAAAAACCGUGUGAACUUCAUAGGCGAGGAGUCUACCUCCGAUCCCAUCCAGCCCCCGCGCAGCUUCGAGAACCUGAUCGCGGAGCAGCAGCGACGCCUGCGCGGGGCCACGGUCGACACCGCCGGCCGCCGUGGCUCUAUGCAAGCCGCGCGCAGUCUCCCGCACCUGAGUACCACCAAUGUGCAAGAAACGUCCCGCGGCGUGCGCAGCACAGCCGGGCAACUGCCGGGCCAGAUGCCGUGGGCGUACAUCGCGGGAGCCCCGGCCAACCGCAUGAGAGACCAGCUGCCUCCGGACGAGGACCUCCCCCCUGUCCCACUGCCAGACUACACUGCGUUGCAAUCUCACAGGAAAGCAUCCGUGCAUCGGGCAGCAUCGAGUCUAAGUUCAUUGACACAAAAGAAGGACUACACUAACUCCAAAUCCACAUCCAAAUCUCAUCGUGAGUAUAGUGUAUAUUAAAUGACAGUACGUUAAAGUAUGAUGCACGUGACCAGCACUAAAAUGCUUUGUUGUGCCAGCAGCGGGGUCAGCACAAGUUGAUGUGUUGUACUAGAGAGGAAAGCAGCUACCCGAAUCGAAUAUUGAUGGAGAAGUAAAUCAGGGUAGUCUUCAAUCAUCACCUGAUUUCUCCACCGACGUCGAUAUUACGUGUGUGACAUGGGCCUUAUUUCUCAAUUAUUAUUCAUUUAUUAUUUUUAACAAGUCUGCGUUUCU